AGUCGAUAUUUUAGCUGUAUUGUAUUGUACAACAGUGGUGUGCGACGACGCUUUAACAUCGAGGCCAGUUCAUUCGACAUUUUAAUCGUGAAUAAAACGUGAUAAUACAAGAAAAAAAAAAGUUUAAAAAAAAAAUUGUGAUUUUUUUUUUAAUUUUCAUUUUAAAUAAUUAAUUUAACGUAAAUGUUUAUUAUUAUAUUUUUAUAGUGAUUAUCAAGUGUUCAAAUAAUACCAUAAAAUCUGCCAAUAAAUAUUGACUUCAAAGUGUCGAAAUUAUCAAGUGUAUUAAUUGUUAAAUAAAUAGUCCAAAAAACAACCCUCUAGAUGGCGGGACAAGAUCCAAAAUGGCAAAAGGAUGCCGCGGAUCAAAAUUUUGAUUACAUGUUUAAAUUAUUAAUAAUUGGUAAUUCAUCAGUAGGUAAAACAUCAUUUUUAUUUCGUUAUGCUGAUGAUUCAUUUACAUCAGCAUUUGUAUCAACUGUUGGAAUUGAUUUUAAAGUCAAAACUGUAUUUCGUCAUGAUAAAAGAGUCAAACUUCAAAUAUGGGAUACAGCUGGUCAAGAAAGAUACCGUACAAUUACCACAGCUUAUUACAGAGGUGCUAUGGGUUUUAUUCUCAUGUAUGAUAUAACAAAUGAGGAAUCAUUUAAUUCAGUACAAGAUUGGAUAACACAGAUAAAAACCUACUCUUGGGAUAAUGCUCAGGUUAUACUUGUUGGUAACAAGUGUGAUAUGGAAGAUGAGCGAGUAAUUAGUUUUGAAAGAGGUAAACAAUUGGCUGAACAAUUGGGUGUACAAUUUUUCGAAACAUCUGCCAAGGAAAAUAUCAAUGUUAAGGCGGUAUUUGAACAACUUGUUGAUAUAAUAUGCGAUAAAAUGAGUGAAUCACUUGACAAUGAUCCAAAUUUAAUGGCUGGUGGUGCUGGAGCAGCAAAAGGUCAACGGCUUACUGAUCAACCAACAAAUCCAUCAACAACAAAUUGCAAUUGCUAAGAUGCCCCAACAGUUUAAUCACUAUUUACAAAAAAUUAAUGAAAUUAAAUUAUAUUGUCCUCGACAAGCAUUCAUAUUAACCAUGAAAAUCGAAUAUGAAAUAUACAAAUUACAACAUCAUGAAUAGAGAGAAGAAAAAUUAUUAUAAAAAAAAAAAAAAAAAAAACAAUUCACAUGGAAAUGAUGAAUUUACAUAAAGUACAUAAAACACAUACAUAAAAAAAUUAACACAUUUGAAAAAAAGUAUACAUGUUCUGCGUAUGACUUGAUAAAAAAAAAAUACUAAUAAAAAUCUGCCUGAUUAGGAUAGAAACUCUCUCUCUUUCUCUCUUGCUGGGGCAAAUAUAUAUUUUAAUUAAAUUAUUUAUAUUGUUUAUUUUUUUGGUGAUAAAGAAAUAUAAAUUACAUUACAAUAAAUAAUUGUUGAUAUUUUAAUUUAAUUAUUAUUUAUUAAUUUAUUUUUGCCAGCACAAGUAGGCGCAUUUAUAAAAAUUAAUAAUCACCAUCAAGUUAAUAACAUGUAAUACUGUGAAUGGCAAAACAAAAUAUUCUAGAAAUAUUUAAACAAAAUAAUAAUAAUAAUAUUAAACAGAAAAAAAAUGUUAAUUUAAUAAAUUUAAUAAAUACGAUCAAUGACCACGAAAAUAAAACGGACUUAUCAUUAGCAUUUAAUUAUUUAAAUAUUGAAAUAAAAAAAAAUAAAGAAAUGAUUAUUUAUUGGGCUUUUUCGAUACAUUGUAUUAUUAUUUAAACAGCUAUUAUUUAAUUAACAAUUACAAAUAACAAUAAUAAUAAUUGCUGUUAAUUUUAAAUGAAAAAUAAAAAAUAAAAAAAUGAUAAUAACAGUGUGGAAAUAAUUUAAUAGUCAAUUGAAAUAUAUCAUGAUAAUUAACAAAAAAUAAUAUAAAAAAAAAAAUAUAAAUUCAUUACAAAAACAAAUAUUAAUUAUAUAUAUUGGUAUUAUUUGAUUUAACUGCGAGUUUAUUUAUUUGAAAAAUUGCCCUCUGUACAUAAUAUAUAUUAUUAUUGAUUCCGUAAUGAAUGUAUAUGCGUUAAAUAAUCCGUGUGAUUUUAUGGGUUCUAUAAAAAAUGCUUAAUUGCAUAAACCUAACGCAAAAAGCUCGCACCACUUUUAAUUUUUAAUUUGAAAAUAUGAUAUUGAAAAAAUAUGUACAAUUUUAUUUUUAUCAUUGAGUGAUAAUAAUAAUUGAAAAAAAAUAAUAAAUAUUGUGAAAUAUUUUUUUUGUUAUUAUUCAAAACUCACUGAAUGUUCGAAAAAAUUAAAAUUUAUUUAAUAUACAUUGUAGAUUUGUUUUGAAAAAUUUAAUUUGUGGUCGAGCAUUUGUAUGUAUGUAUUGUAAUGUAUGUAACUAUUAUGCCUAAUGUUAUUCUAUGACAAAAAUAAAUAAAUAAUAAUGAUGUACUACAAGAAAAAAGAAAAAAAAAAAAAAUGAUAAUACAUAAAUAUAAAAAGCAUAAAAUAAAUAAUUAAUUAAUUAAGUAAAAAAUGAAUUAACUUUAUAAACGUCGAUCGUUUAUUUGAAGGUAAAAUGUUCAUGAAUGUAGUUAAAAAAUAAAGUUGAUGUUGCCACCUGGACAAUAUAUUUCUGCAAAAAAAAAAACAUAAAAAAUAAAAAUAUAUAUAUAUGAAAAAUCUUGG